AUGAAGGUAGUGUCGGGAAGCGAAUUUGACGCCUCUCUCUCUAGGGCUCCCUGCGCUCAUGUAGUCCCUGAAGAGGCAUGGAGCUGCCCGAACGAGGGUAGGAUGAUUUGCAGCAAUUGCAACAUUGUGGCAUACUGCUCUAAAGAUUGCCAAAGAAACCAUUGGAGAACUCAUAAACAAGACUGCAAGGAUCCGGUCCGUGCGAGUGACUGGAAGCCUGCCUGGGUUCUGGAGAUGCGCGAACCUUCCUUUGUAUCCGGGCAAGAAUCCUCGAAUUGGCUAUCUAGGUUGAAACCUAUCGCGCUUGGCAUGACCUUGUGGGGCAAUGUGCCAGCUAUGGACAUCGUCAACUUAACGCACAACGAGAUUAUUGCAAAGGAUCUUGUGCUCGCAUUUGUUGCCUCCGGCGAUCUACGCAAUCUCAUACUGACUGUAAAUCGGUUGCCAUCCGAUUAUUCCGGACAGCUCACCGUUGUCCUCAACGAUUACAAUCCACAUAUUGUCCUGAGGAAUGUUUUGCUUCUAAUGAUUCUAGGCACAUACGCGGAUCGGCAUAGCGCAGUCGAUGUUGCUUUGCAUUUCUGGUACUCAGCAUUCAUACCAAUACAGUAUGAAGUCCUUGUGCAAGAGGCCAUCUUGCGGUUUACAAAGCAGUUGGGCUCAGGAGGGACUAUCUCUUGCCCACUGUCUUCGACUUCAAGCAUGACUGGCCUUAUUGGCCCUAAGAUUGUUGAGCUCAUUCAAACGAGCUAUGGAGCUUCAUAUGGGUUUGAUGACGUCGUGAACGAAAUAAAUCGUGUUCGGUUUGAACCUUCUCGCAUUGAUAGACAUCAUCGUCAAUAUACCAGACUCGAGCCCUCUCAUCGUCUUGCCUUUCUUGAGUUCCGCAGGUUCGGGAUCGUUCUGCCAUUCGGUGCCCGCAACGAUCAUUUCAACACACCGAACCGCUUUUUGUUCUCACCAGAGGGCACGUGGUUGCAAAAUGAUUUGGCCAAUCCCUUGAACUCAUGGGACCCUCUAGCUGUCGUUGAAGCGGGGAAAGCUCACGGCGCUGUACGUGCCGACCUCUAUGGCUGCCUCUACUUUUACCUAUCGGACCUACUUCGUGAAUUUGCGGAUCGGUUGGGUCGCUUUCGGAUCUCCUUCAGAAUGUUCCAGUCCGACGCAGGUGAACUUUCGAAGGCCAUGCGGUCCGGCGCCCUGUCUCAUUAUGGCUUGCCUGCGACCACACGUUUCGACCGCAUUGAUGUUUCCAACAUCAUCGAUAUUGAAUAUAUGGGCAUACCGCGUGUUCUGUCUGAUUGGGGACCACAACUCAACUCGGAUGCGAAUAAACAUGCAUCAUUGAUUGGUUAUUCUAUGAAUUGGGCGGCGCACCAACAGGGUGCCAAAGCUGAACAAGAUGAUGAUAUCAAGCGGUCGAUCGAGAUACUUAGCAGCCAAUACGCUGGAAUCAUCUCUGCUUAUCAUCAUUCGUUCACUGCCGUCUAUGAUAAUUCGAGUGCAUUUGAAAAGUAUCUAGCCAGUCAAGAUCUGAAAAAAGUCCUCCUCACCUCGAGACUCAAACGCAAGUCAACGCAUACAAUCUUCCCUCAUCGUCUAUGUGCACCAUUCGAUGGCCCUGCAAGCGCUCUUCCCGUUUUUGCAAAUGAUGAGAGCUGGUAUCUGAACGUGUGUCCUAUGGUCCAUAACGCUGACACUUGCUGA